UCGACCGUGAUACCUUGGCGCCAAUCACAGAUUCUGGCAGAUCUCUCAUGUGGUUUAUCGCCGCAACUGUGCCGCUCCAUUUAUCGUUGAACAUUUUCCAUGACAGCCUGUGAGGUUGUGGGAGAAAAAAAAGUCUGGUGGUGGUGUUGUAAUAAUAUUCUGUCCGCCUUUUAUUUUUACCUUCCCUCCUUCAGCGGCUAAAUGGACUGUGUCGACUGAGAUGGACCAGGCCUUGUACGAACCGAUUACCUUAGCAACACCUUUUGUCAUCUUCAUUAUCAGGUGCUCGGAGACUGUGGAGAGAGGCUGUUGCUCAGUAGAGGGAUGUUUCUAACAGACCUACUGGGAGCUGAUUCUACUGAGUUAACCGUCUUAAGUUUGUUUUCUUGAAAAGAUGAUAGUGUGUCUUGUUAGCAGUGCUGGGGAGUGCAAGGAGUUCUGAAGUAGUGCUGCUGACUACGUCACACACUGGACCCCAAGCCUGCCCUCCCCUGGUCCCUCCCUUGACCAAGACUGACCGGGUGGCCAGGUUCAAGAGCUGAAUAAUCGUUUGGAUCACGGUGUUGUUUUCACAAAGGUCGACCUAAUGGUUGAUCCAUCCAGUGGUGGAGGACAAAGAGGACGGCUGGGAGACAGAGACACUUCUUCCUCACUAACCUUCGGUUUGGCCUUAACAGUAAUGGACAUGCACAGCAACGACUCGACAGACAGCUACCCGCCCCCAUCGCUGGAUGACAUGUCGCACGUGAACUACCCGAAGGAGAUCGUGAUCAAACCUUUGUGGGAGAUCGUGCUCAAGACUCUCUUCUACAUCCCCGUCAUCACCCUGGCCAUCCUGGGCAACAUCCUGGUCAUCAUCGUGGUGGCGCGCAACAAGCGCAUGCGAACUACCACCAACUACUACAUCGUCAACCUUGCAGUCGCCGACUGUCUUGUGGCCUUGACCUGCUCCUGGGUGCACCUCCUUGAUGACCUCAUGCCGGGGUGGGUUCUAGGCGCCUUCUUUUGCAAGUUCAACACGUUCUCUCAAGUGCUGUCGCUGGUCUCCAGCAUCUUGACUCUGACCUUCAUCGCUUGCGACCGGUUCUUCGGCAUCGUUUUCGCCAUGAAAGCCCACUUCAUCGAGCGGCGGGCAUCCUUGACCAUCAUCCUGAUCUGGCUUUGCUCCAUAGCCGUGGCCUCGCCGCUUCUGGUCUACCGCAAGCUGUUUGUGAUCCCCUGGCGCGAUUACACGGAGCGCUGGUGUGACGACACGUGGCCGAUGGAGACCUACUGGGACCCGUUACAUAACAAGACCCUGUCCGACUUCCCUGCUCGGCGCGGCUACUACGUCUUCGUGUGUGUCGUCCUCUUCUUCCUGCCAUGCGUCGUCAUGUCGCUGGCCUACGCCCUCAUCACGUGGACGUUGUGGGCCGCACAGGUGCCGGGAGAGCGGACUAGCAAGGACAUCAAAGUGCAGACCAAGCUCCGGAAAAAGAUCAUCGUGAUGUUGAUGCUGAUUCUAAUCGUCUUUGUAGUGUGCUGGCUUCCUCAGAUCGUGUGCCUGCUGUAUGCUGAACUCAAAACUGACCACACUGCGCAAAUGCCGUGGUGGUAUGGUGACUUCUACUACUUCGCUCGCUAUCUGGCUCACUCCAACAGCGCCAUCAACCCACUCAUCUACGCUGGAUUUAACGAGAAUUUUCAGAAAGAAUUCAAGAACCUGUGCCGCAACAAGGAGAGAAAACGCCGCUACACUACCAUGGUGUCACGAGCAGACUCGUUCCAGAGCUCCACUCACAUCACCAAAGUAUAAAACUUCACGUGCGGUCUCAGAGCCGGUCCUCCGCCCUCACGGUCCACAGCCUGCCUUCCGCCGGCUCCCAGCGGCAUCUGCAACAGGCCACCGUGAUUCAGAUCAGAACAUCAACAUCAUCAUCGUCAUUGGCAGGACCGGUCGGCAGCAGCCGGAAGUGCACGGUCAUCGUCGAAGUCGGGCGAUGAAGGGCGUUGCAAGAAGCUCUCAAGGCUGCCUUAUCAUUCACCAAGGUUCAAAAUUGAUGACCAGUGACUCUUCUCAAGUCCUCUUGGUGACAGGAUGCCCUUCCUGAGCAAGAGCAUUCUAUGACAUCGCUGUGUGGCUAAAACCAUUUUAAACAGUUCUGACCCUAAAAGAAAAAUAAUUGCUUUGUUGUUUUUAUUUGUCAACUUUCGCACCGUUCCUGUCCUUUGAUUCUUCCGGACUCAUCGUUUCCUUAAUCUUCGAGAACCAUUUCUUUUCUUUACGUCAGUUCAAAGACAAAUGGCCCCUUCAGAAAUGAAACGUCUAUGGCUAGACCGCGCCAUGAAAUAGCUAUUAAGGGGCAUUUUUUUCAUUUCCGUCUUUGAGUCAGAAGAGCCCUGCAGUAAAUUGUCAUUUGGUUUUUUUCUUAAGGGGAUGGGGGAGCUAAGUCUUAGCAUCACCGCGCUCACCGAUACAACUAAUAAGAGAGAGAACAGAGCUCGAGUGAGCCGCCAGUUACCCUUCCACUUUUCUUCUGCAGUCAUCUCUUCUUCUCAUUGUGAUGGUGAAGACAUAAUAUUUGUUUGGGCAUGAGCUGGGGGUGCGAGGGAUAAAGCUUUCGGUAUUGCAAGGAUUUUUAUGAGUUUAAAACCUAACCCUUAGAGCGUCUUUUAGCGUCUUGAAGAAUGAGGAAAAAUUAUGUUUUCGGAUUCCACCUUUCCACCCACUAAACAGACUGAUAUCACAUGAAAUACACCCCUGUUUUCCUAAUUAUUCCUCAAACACUUUACCCCAACCCUUACAGGAACAACUGCUGCACAUGCGAAUCUCUCACAAGUUUUUGUCUUAUUUAUUUCCCCCCCCUCUCUCACUCUGUAUAUAAUAAAUUAAAGUGAUGAUGUGUGCUUAGCUAUGUGAUCACGAUUCUUUUUGAAGGAGUGGAGGACAUAAUGACAAUGAUGAUUUGGCUUUUUUUUUCCUUCGAUGAAAUUUAAGCCACGGCAAAACGCUUUUUGUCUUAAGCUAGUUCUAACUGGGGACAGUGGCUUUGCUUUGUUAAGUUUACAAGAGGCCGUUUUUGUGUUUCAUUAUGUGAAUUCCAGACCGUGUUACGUGCAGGACAUGACAUUAACUGAAAAAAGCAAAGGACGUUAUUGUUAUUUUGUGGAUUAUGAGAAGACUGCUGUGCAAGGGAAAUAUAUAUAGUCUUUAAGCUUUGCAUUCCCACUACGUUUUCUGCAAUAUUUAAUAAAUGUUUUUGAGGGAAAAGUGGGGCUUUGAAAAUGGAAUUUCCUGCGAAUCUUUAUGCAAGCGAGUACUAAAAAAAGGGGAGUUCAUAUUAAUAUUAACCCUUGCUGUGUUUGCGAUUCUCUGUUCAUUUUUUACCCUCAACACUGCGUAAUUACCUCUGGGUGGUUGGUUUAUUUCAUAGGUAUUCCAUUUCAAGCUAUAAAAGAGUGAGAGAGGUGGUUACCAAAGUACCUACAGAAAAACAUGUUGUAAGAAUGUGUCACAUCUAAAAUGAAUGGCCUCGGGCGGGAUUCGAACCAUGGCUAUACAGUCGUCACAACCAUGAUCACAAACAAGCGUGUCAUCACCACCCCCACUAGACUCCCUCUCCCCGCCAACUCACACACACACACACUUACCAAUAUUUGAGAUCGCCGCUUACCUCCUCAAUGCUUGCUGAUGCUUACUAUUUUCUUGCUUGCUAUGGACUGUAAGGGCUCGAACUAAAUGUUAUCCUUGUUUUUGCCUUUUGAUGGCGAUUCGGUGGGACAUGGAGGAUGUGUAACCAACCUAUCAUUCGUUGUACAACUUGUUAUUUUUCUUAUCCCUGUCCAUCUAAUAUUAUCAUUCAUUUUUCUUUAAAUUUUCUGUGCCUGUAUUGUCCUGUCAUGGUUGAUCUACGUGCACAUUGUUGAGAUCGUGCAUUUCACACCACGUGACCUACUUGUCGAGCAAAAAUGUGAUGGGAAUGAAUAUGACACUUCAAGAAAGCAGGCACGGUAUAUAGAAAUAUUAGGUUCUCUGGUUUGGACUAACAUCAUCCUGCCUAUGGCCUCUAAACGACACAACGAGUCUUGAACAAGGGAAGGCACUCUCAAAACACCUUUCACGGGAGACAAUUCUACCGCUGAUGGGAUUGACAAGCGCUGGGUGAAUCUCCUGUCGGUCUAAAGAUUAUAAACCACAAGGUGUGUAGUGUUUGUCAGUACUCCUGACACGCCAAAGUAACAGUAGAUUCUAUAAAACACACAUGAGAAAUGUCACAGCAAUGUUUCUGUCUAAACUGCACGUCUAGAAACAUGUCAAAAUAACUGGUAGAGUUCAUCGGAAAACAUGGUUGAGUUCAUCCAACGCCAUGACUUAGCUCACCAUCCAAUAAAAUUGUUUGCAAGAUCUUACACUUAUCUAGCAAUGAGAGAUUAAUCUCAGUCAUCUGCUUACCAGUUGGUUUUAAAUACAGGCUGGUAAAGAAACCACUUCCAUGUGGUCUGAGUACAUUAUCGCAAAGGACUGGAGGUGGUGAUGUGAUGCUGUGUACUACAACGUACAUGUAAGGCCAUGGACAGCAAUAAACAGGACAAAAUGAAGGAAGUUUAGAGAAGAAAUCCUGAAGAAUAAAGAUUCCAAAAAGAGUCGAACUCUAAGGAUUUAAAGAAGUGAUUUUAAGGUCACGAACUCACAGAACAAAAACUUCAAAAGUGUCAAAUUCCACUUCUACUCAAAUCCACAGUUAGGUCCAGACUGAGACUGUAACGAGCUCAGUAACGGCAAUUGUUGUCUUACUCAUCAAACUGGUGACUCUAGAGACCGGAGGACUGUGUCACGUGCUCACUGUAUCACGUGCCUAUGUGUGUUACUUUGCGACGAGUGGUUCUCUCUUCUUCUUGUUAAUGAGAGAGGAAUACGAAUUGACCUUUGCCCUGGUGUGCAGCUUACGAGCAUUUAAUACCCUUCGUUCGUUAAACCCUUUAAAAAAAUUGUUCGCCGUCAUGUUCGGAGCUUUCACUUAAACCUUCUAAAUCCGGGAACAUAAUAUUUAUUGUCCAAUAUUCAAUCAGGUAUGACAACUUUGAACAUGGCGGUCAUAUAAAAGAAUCUGUAAAAAAUAAUCACAUAUUUGACAAAAUAUAUUCGGGUAAGACUGCUCCUGCCCUAGCGUAAAAUCCGUCUUUGUCACUGAGAAAAUGAAAGCCGCUUGUUAUAUCCUGGGAAGGAGAUCAGGGGCAGACGGAAAAUAAAAGCCGUUGGUGGGCUUUGUGGGCUUUGUGGGCUUCUGUCUCGUGACAAUAGUUCCCUGGGGCCAGGGGCAGAAUCUCGUGAGUAGGGGGAUGCGAAAAGUCAGCAUAGCGGGUCAUAAAAUGUGUGAUCUUUCUGACUGCUUUGUAAAGUAUUCAGCUACGUUAUUCUCUCUGCUCUCUGCCCCGACUUUCGUUUUCCUACUGACUAGGGCGGCGCAUGCACUUAGGGUAGUCUGUCCUCUGCACAUGUAGUGAUCACCCUCUAUCCUAACCCCAACCCAAACCCCAGCGCAAACAUAGGUGGUCAUCUUCGAAGCCCACGAUGUAAUGAGAAAUAAAAUAAAAGGCAAAGAUGUCCGGAAUAAACAAACAAAACAUGGAACAAAUCCUAGUAGUGUUUUUUAAAUAUGUAAUGAGAAUCGAACCUAUGGCUUUUGAUCCCCACCUCCCUAAAAAAAAAAAAGCUGCUGUGCUGCAGUGGCAUAGCAAAAUGCGAGCAACAUGUAACUGUAUAAAUAUCGGCAAGCCGCACGAUUCGGUAGGGAAAGAGAAGUGUCCACUCCAAGUUCAACUGUAGAAAAGGGUAUUUGUGAAGAAUGUCUAGAAUCCAGUAAGAGAGGAAUGUUGAAAUUACAAGAAACUACACUAAGAACAAAACUAGUUACACGUAUUGGGAUAAUAGUUAGUUGAGUGUCCUCCUUUGUAUAAUCAAAGAUGCCUUAUACAGAGGCAUCGAAAUACAGACAUGAUGCUUCACCAACAAGUAAGAAAAUCUUAUUUCUGUGAAAUAUUAACUUCGAAUAUUCUUUUCUGUUAUUCUUGCAAGUUUGCUUAAUAUUGUUAAUAUUUAUGCGACUUUUAAUGAAACUAUAUGUCGCCUGCCACGUCGUACUCUACAACGUAGCCAUUCUCACACCCAUGUCCGGAUUUCUGUGCUGAUGUGCAUGUGAGGACUAAACUUAGUCUUAAGUCGCUAGUCCUAAAUGUAAAUCGGCUUUGCUAAGUUUGGUCCAAAAAGUCGACCUAACUGCGACUGAAGACUCAUUUUCAAGAACAUACAGGCAAACCAGCACAAGUGAUGUCUGUAAGUUGAGACUGAAACUUCAGGCUUCACAUCAACGAUGACAUGCACCCAGGCCCUGGAGUUAAGUGUAAAGUGAUCUGUCAUUACUUAUUUGUGUUGCUGUUUGAUGUUCAAUUAAUAUUGCUUUCUAGAUUAUUGUCAAUCUCCAAAAUCUUCAUAAGUUCCAAAAGGUUGUUAUUGUUAACGUUUUUAAAACAUUCACAACUGUAACAAGCAAGCAUUUGUUGAUUGUUGAUCUGCUUUUCUCCUGCUUUCUGCUUAAAUGGCAGACAAAGGUCAUGUUUUGUAGAAGGAUUGAAUUAUUAAUGCCCAUAAGUCCUGUUAUAUGUUUCAUGGGUGAGAAAUGUUGGCUCCAGCAGACCUCCAUGGCCCUGUCAUCCACCCCACCCAUUGCUGGUAUCUGCUGCCGCCAAGCAUCUUGGGAAAUGUGAUCAAAGUGCUGCGAACUCAUCAUAUCCAUAAAAAUCAGUCAAGUCCUUAAUGACUGGGAAUCGUUUUAUUCGUGUUGUAGACUGUGGUUAACAUAAUAUAUAUAUAUAUUCUAUAAGGGUAUUUGCUCAUUUUUUUCAGUUGAUCGCUAGCUAUGUCGAAAAUGUUCAGUGGGUAUGAAGAUUUUGCUAACUAGCGAUUAACCAUUAUCUCCUUUAUCAUUCAUUAUUGAACAAUUACCCGUUAUUUGUAGGAUCAUUUACCAUUAUCCAGAUGGAUGAUUUACCAUGAGCUAUUUCAUGAACUGUAUCAAUGUUGUGUGGACAUGUUGAUCCAGAGACACGAGUAACAGAUUCACAGUGGUCUAUUGCAGUGACUGUACUGUUUGGUGUAAUUUCUCAUGAUGGUUAUUCGACUAUCGGCUGUUUUCGUUCUUGAGAUGUGCAUAUGCCUUUUCUGUUUCUUUGAUUCUGUUUGUUGAUCAAUAAACCAGUCACUCAACCA